GAUCACGUGUGGGUGAAGCGUGUAAAGGGAAUUUCAUUGCAUGUGGUAGGUAACAUUGUGUUUGUACACAUCAAUCAUUUCAUCUCAAACAGAUUGCUAGUUAAAUGUGGUAGGUAACAUUGUGCUUGUACACAUCAAUCAUUUCAUCUCAAACAGAUUGCUAGUUAAAUGUGGUAGGUAAUAUUGUGUUUGUACACAUCAAUCAUUUCAUCUCAAACAGAUUGCUAGUUAAAUGUGGUAGGUAACAUUGUGUUUGUACACAUCAAUCAUUUCGUCUCAAACAGAUUGCUAGUUAAAUGUGGUAGGUAACAUUGUGUUUGUACACAUCAAUCAUUUCAUCUCAAACAGAUUGCUAGUUAAAUGUGGUAGGUAACAUUGUGUUUGUACACAUCAAUCAUUUCGUCUCAAACAGAUUGCUAGUUAAAUGUGGUAGGUAACAUUGUGUUUGUACACAUCAAUCAUUUCAUCUCAAACAGAAUGCUAUUUAAAAAAUAAAAUAAAUAAAAAAUAUGCCUUAUUUGGGUACAUAUGCUAUUUACCCUGAUUGAGAAUUGUUUCUCUCCCCUUCUCUGUCUCCCUCUCAUUCUCUCCUCUCCCCUCCCCCUCUCUCUCUGUCUCCCUCUCAUUCUCUCCUGUCCCCCCUCUCUCUCUCUCUAAAAAUGAUUAUAUUUUUUUCAUUUCUUUCACGGAUAAUGCAUACUAAUGCAAUUCCGAUACCUUAAAAAUAUUUAUACGGUAAAAAAAAGCAACAACAACACAACCCCCCACCCCACACCCCCCCUCCCCCACGAAAAUCGAUCUUUCCAUCUGGGUUGUUGUACAAUGAUUCCAACUUAACGAAGGCACCCAUUACAAAUGAAAUUUCUUUUUAAAAUCAUGAUUUUUUUUUAAAUAGGUUUUUGUUUCAGGGACCCCUAUUUUGGUCUUGCCACUCAUCAGUUGGGAAUCUGGGGGUCAUAAUUCAGUUGGGAAUCUGGGGGUCAUAAUUCACUAUUAAAUGAUAUUAUUGUUACAAUUAAGACACGAACAUUCCAUACACGAGUUGCAGUUGUAAGUCAGAUGUGUGCCGUGUGUCGGUCAUCUGUAUCCUGCCUAACAAAAUGGCUGGGAUCAGGGCUGUCAAGUCGGUCAAAUCCAAUGGAAGGCCACAAUAAACACAAUAUAUAUAUAUUUUUUGCCUACUAAAAAUUGAACUACGAGUCAGCUACGUUUUCUUGUCUUUAAAAUGUGUCAAAAACCUCUCAGAGAAUGAACUUAAAUGGUUAGCCAGAUAGUGAGUUUUGAAUAUCAACUAGACCAUUUGAGAAGCCGCCAGAAAGGCCCAUGAUUAGACCAGUCGGCACACUACUUGGUGCCUCAAAUUCUGGACUUGUUUCUAAGUUUAACUUGACCAGCCGAUUCCAAAAGUCGCCACGGUUGCCCCCCCCCCCCCUUUUUUUUUUUUCCCCCAUUUUUUACCAGUCAUAGUUUUAUUCAAGAUUAAACAUAUUUCAUUUUAAGCAUAUAUCAAAAUAUUAAAUAUAGAAAAAAAAUGCGCUAUAAAAAUGUGCUUAUUUUAUUUAUUUAUUUAGGCAUUUUUAUAUUGCGCUUACCUUAAAGCUCUAAGUUCUUUACAAUUAUUAAAAACAUGUAAACUAAGUAAAAUAAAAAUGAGACACUAGGAUAGUAACUACUAUACUAUAGAAACAAUUAAAAUGGCUAUAAAAGAGGACACUUUGGCACGUUUUGGCCUAUACUACAGGAUCAACCCGAGACAGAAAAUGAGGCAGGGCAAGAAGGGUGCAUCACAGGUCAUAGGCGGACCUAAACAGAUGGGUUUUAAGGGACUUUUUGAAAGUGGACGAGGUUUCACAAUGACGGAUAUGGAAGGGGAGCUGGUUCCAGAACGUGGGCCCUUGGAAGUAGAAGGAGCGUUCACCGAUGGUCUUAGUUUUGGUUCUUGGGAUUGAGAGGGUUCUAUUGUUAAUGGAAGAGCGUAGUUGUCUUGUGGGGAUGUAAGAGCGUAGUUGUCUUGUUGUAGUUGUCUUGUUUAUACCAAAAAUAACAGACUAACUGGAGACUUCGUAUCAACAUUCUAAAAAAAUUGAGCUCCUUUCAUCAGACUUAAUAAGAUAUAAUCUUCCAAUGGAGCUCCUUUCAUCAGACUUAAUAAGAUAUAAUCUUCCAAUGGAGCUCCUUUCAUCAGACUUAAUAAGAUAUAAUCUUCCAAUGGAGCUCCUUUCAUCAGACUUAAUAAGAUAUAAUCUUCCAAUGGAGCUCCUUUCAUCAGACCUAAUAAGAUAAAUCUUCCAAUGGAGCUCCUUUCAUCAGACCUAAUAAGAUAAAUCUUCCAAUGGAGCUCCUUUCAUCAGACUUAAUAAGAUAUAAUCUUCCAAUGGAGCUCCUUUCAUCAGACCUAAUAAGAUAUAAUCUUCCAAUGGAGCUCAUUUCAUCAGACCUAAUAAGAUAUAAUCUUCCAAUGGAGCUCCUUUCAUCAGACCUAAUCUUCAUGGACAAUUCUGAAUACGGUUCCAACAAAAAUCUAAAUCAUAUGUACAUUUCAUGAAUCUUGGUGUGGCACACGUUGUUAGCGCCACUGUCACAAUGAAAUAGCACAAUCCUACAAGCCUACAAGCUCACAAGCCUACAAGGCUUGGUAUAUCACACUGAUAUAGCCUUCCAUGUAAUGUGAUGUUAACUGUUUUUUGUAACAAUUUCACCUAAAAAAAAUGAGUGCUAAAAAAUCAAUCCCAUUAAAUCCAUCCUCUAUCAGGCGCAUUAAUAUUUAGCCCCCCAACGUCCCCCCUGUGGGGCGCUGCCUUCCAUCCCGGCAUGCUUCAUCCAUAAUGGCGGCCUAUCUGCUCUGUCCGGACGUCUUCAAACCACUUCUUCCUAUUCUGUUUGCCCAAAGCCUUAUCGUGUGUAUCUAUGACUAUAUCUUACACAAGCCAAUCAAUGAAAACAACAGAGGAUGCCACGUAAGGGAUCAACUCGGACAACAAUUACUAUCGCAAUAUUGAACUGGCAGAAUUAUUAAAGCGGUAGAUUGUCGAGGUUGAAUUGAAUGGCUUCACAUGUUUAUCUUCACGUCUUUUCAUUAUUUCCAACCGUACUCUCAAACCCAGGUGGGAAUUCGAUAUGCAGUGGUUUCAUGUUUCACUGGGUCACAGAAGACUCAUUACGUUGGAGUACAUUGGAUUCGGGGGGGGGGAAGAAAGGGGGGGACACCCCUGUGAACCAGGCCUUUUGCUACAAUCUCGUUCUGGCUAGACCCAGGUUGUGUCAACAUCAAUGAUAAAUAACGUCACACACCUCUCAAUGUGUCGUCUAUUAUGUAUGUAUGUAUGUAUGUAUUUAUGCAUGUCUGCAUGUCUGCAUGUCUGUCUGUCUGCAUGUCUGUCUGUCUGUCUGUCUGUCUGUCCUUCCCCUAAACACCAUUCCUCCGAUUGCGAUAUAACGUUGUUGAAUAGUUGCGCGCACGCCCGCAAAGGGCUCUGAAUUGGUACAACCACUCUAAAUUAUUCCGUUUGGGGCCGAGGGCCCUAAAUUCGUUGUUUUCCUUAAAUGAGCUAUGUAAGUAUAAUUUCAAACAGAGCUAUCAACACAACGAAUUAAUUCAAUUGUUCACGAAUAAGGAAGUCAGUACCAUGAAUAAGACUGGCAGUACCAUGAAUAAGACAGUCAGUACCAUGAAUAAGACAGUACCAUGAAUAAGACAGUCAGUACCAUGAAUACGACAGUAAGUACCAUGAAUAAGACAGUCAGUACCAUGAAUAAGACAGUCAGUACCACGAAUAAGACAGUCAGUACCACGAAUAAGACAGUCAGUACCACGAAUAAGACAGUCAGUACCACGAAUAAGACAGUCAGUACCAUGAAUAAGACAGUCAGUACCACGAAUAAGACAGUCAGUACCACGAACAAGACAGUCAGUACCACGUAUAAGACAGUCAGUACCACGAAUAAGACAGUCAGUACCACGAAUUAGACAGUCAGUACCAUGAAUAAGACAGUCAGUACCAUGAAUUACUGGUCGUACCGAUUGAUUAUUCGUGAGAGCGCUGAAAAUCUGAUCUUGAAAUGUCGACAAUUGUUCGAUCAAGACAUUGUCGAUAUGUAUGCGAUAAUCAAAAGUGAACGACUCCUCUAUUCGAUUAAAUCAAACCAAAUUGCGUUCAGAAGAGUACAUUCAUUUACGCGAUGCAAUUGUUAAUGAUGGCAAUGUGAAUCCAAAUGAAUUGGGGAAUAUGGUCAUACUACCGGCCACAUUUACAGAGACUCCACGACACAUGAAUACGCACAAGAUGCAAUCACAUACGUUUGCGCAUAUGGCCGCCCAGAUUUUUGAUGACCUUCACAUACAAUGCUACUGGGAUGAAAUACAAUAACCUUUGUUAUAACAUGGACAAUCGGAUCAUCAUGAUAUUUCCAUGCGCGUGUGUUCAAACACAAAUUGAAUUCUUUAACAGAUUCCAUUGUCAAGCAUCCUGUUUAUGGAGAGACACGUUGUUGGAUGACAGAAAAGAGGAUUGCCACAUGCACACAUUUUAAUUUGGUUGAUCGAAAAAGUCACACCCGAUCAAAUUGAUAAAGUAAUUUCAUUAGAAAUAUCAGAUGUCGACAUUGAUCAAUACUUAUUUGAAGACGUCACGAAAAACAUGAUUCACGGUCCAUGUUGCUCACUCAACAAAAAUUCACCAUGCAUGUCUGAUGGGAAGUGUACGAAACGAUACCAAAGAGACUUUCUUGUGGAGACCAUCACUGGUAGUGACGGAUUUCCACUCUAUCGUCGACGAUCAACUGAAAAUGGUGGCAAAUCCAUCACUUUAAAGUUACGAACCAAUGAUGUUGAGGUCGAUAAUCGUAAGUUUGUACCGUAUUCACCGUUGCUCUCGACAACGUACAAUGCACACAUCGAUCGGGUAACGGGAUCAAACCGGGAUCGGGAUCCCACCAGAAAACGGGAUCCCACCAGAAAACGGGAUCCCACCGGACCAAGAUUCCCUGGGAUCGGGUCCCACAAGGAUCGGGAUCCAAAAGAGGUCGGGAUACCAUCAGAAUCCCAUCGGAAUCCAUCCGGGCAACGGGACGCCAUGGAAAAAUGGGGUCAUUUGGGAUCCCAUCGGGAUUGGGAUCCCAUCGGGGAAUAAGGUUGUCAGUAAAAAAUAUUAUAUAUCUGUUUUUUCGGAAGCAAAUAAUUUUUUUUUAGUUUAGCGGUGUUAUUCUUUAUUUACAUGGCUCUUAAUUUCAAUGUUAAUUUCAAUGUUAAUUUUAAUGUUAAUUUCAAUGUUAAUUUCAAUGUUAAUUUCAAUGUUAAUUUUAAUGUUAAUUUCAAUGUUAAUUUCAAUGUUAAUUUCAAUGUUAAUUUCAAUGUUAAUUUCGAUGUUAAUUUCAAUGUUAAUUUCAAUGUUAAUUUCAAUGUUCAUUUCAAUGUUCAUUUCAAAGGUUAAUUUCAAUGUUCAUUUCAAUGUUUAUUUCAAAGGUUAAUUUCAAUGUUAAUUUCAAUGUUAAUUUCAAUGUUAAUUUCAAUGUUAAUUUCGAUGUUAAUUUCAAUGUUAAUUUCGAUGUUAAUUUCAAUGUUAAUUUCAAUGAUAAUUUCAAUGUUAAUUUCAAUGUUAAUUUCAAUGUUAAUUUCGAUGUUAAUUUCAAUGUUAAUUUCAAAGUUAAUUUCAAUGAAUUUCACUGUUAAUUUAAAUGUUAAUUUCAAUGUUAAUUUCAAUGUUCAUUUCAAUGUUCAUUUCAAUGUUCAUUUCAAUGUUCAUUUCAAUGUUCAUUUCAAUGAGAGAUAGUGAGACCUAGAGAGAAAGAGAGACAGAGAGAGAGAGAGAGACAGAGAGAGCUAGGGUGACAUAAAAAUUAACAUGACUCGAGAUUUACUGAAAUAAAAAGAAAAUAUUUGAAAAGAAAGAAUAAUAAAGAGUAAAAAAGACAGGAAAUAAAGACUAUGUGGGAGUAAAAUAACCUUUAUUGAGAAAGAAUCCCAUUGUUUACGUCAAGGAAUAAAUAGAAUUUUUCUCAUCUAUGACAACACAUCCCGAUAAACACAACUGCAUGAAUUCUAAUUCUGAAAGGAUUAGUUGAAAGUGAGUUUGAUUGUAAAGCUUCAUCUGAGAUUUGGCGAAGUUCAAAACUAGAAAAAUCACUAAUUGAAAAUAUGCUUGAAAAAGUGUGUGCCUGAAUGUCUCUGUGUAUUUCGGGAAAAGGUCACCACACAAUUAUUCCUUUUGCAAUGCUUACUCCAAAACAGGGCUUGGUUAGCUGCAACAGGGUUGGGUUAGCUGUAACAGGGCUUGGUUAGCUGCAACAGGGCUUGGUUAGCUGCAACAGGGCUGGGUUAGCUGCAACAGGGCUUGGUUAGCUGCAACAGGGCUUGGUUAGCUGCAACAGGGCUUGGUUAGCUGCAACAGGGCUUGGUUAGCUGCAACAGGGCUUGGUUAGCUGCAACAGGGCUUGGUUAGUUGCAACAGGGCUUGAUUAGUUGCAACAGGGCUUGGUUAGCUGAGACCUGUGCGCGACUUAGCGUUCACUAAACCAUUUAAUGUGGCCCAAUAAAUUAUUUAAUGUGGCCCAAUAAAUUAUUUAAUGUUGCCCAAUAAAUUAUUUAAUGUGGCCCAAUAAAUUAUUUAAGAUGCCCAAAAAAUUAUUUAAUGUGGCCCAAUAAAUUAUUUAAUGUGGCCCAAUAAAUUAUUUAAUGUGGCCCAAUGAAACAUAUAAUGUGGCUAAAUAAAACAUUUAAUGUGGCCCAAUGAAACUAAUAAUGUGGCCCAAAUGAAACAUUUAAUUUGCCCCAAAUGAAAAAUUUAAUGUGGUCCACUAAAACAUUUAAUGUGGCCCACAGAAACAUUUAAUGCUGGCCCACAGAAACAUUUAAUACUAGCCCAUAGAAACAUUUAAUGCUGGUCCAUAGAAACAUUUAAUGAUGGCCCACAGAAACAUUUAAUGAUGGCCCACAGAAACAUUUAAUGCGGCCCGCAGUAAUGUCUGAGAAUUUCACAAACGUUUAUUUUAGAUUCACAAAUUAAUGAUUAUCUGUUACACGCUGAGUAAUCCCACCGUAACAUUUAUCCUAUUAAUUAUUGUUUUAGCAAAUUGAAUAAUUAUUCCCCCUGCUUCUUUGCCGACUGAACUCGGAAUACGUUUUCAAAUUCGAUCUUUGAGUAAUUAUCAAAGCCCAUCUUUAGGUACUUGGAGGAAUCCCAUAGUUUAGUAAUUUUAUGAAGCCCAUCUUUAGGUACUUGGAGGAAUCCCAUAGUUUAGUAAUUUUAUGAAGCCCAUCUUUAGGUACUUGGAGGAAUCCCAUAGUUUAGUAAUUUUAUGAAGCCCAUCUUUAGGUACUUGGAGGAAUCCCAUAGUUUAGUAAUUUUAUGAAGCCCAUCUUUAGGUACUUGGAGGAAUCCCAUAGUUUAGUAAUUUUAUGAAGCCCAACUUUAAGUGUUUAUAGAUGUCUAUUUAUCUUCCUAUUGGUUGGCCCAAAAGGUGAUCUAAUGGCAACAUGUUGGGUCUGAGAUUAAUCUAUUUGAAUGAUAGACCAAAAUGUUUGGAUAAGUGUGUGCUUUAGUCUUUUCAGUUACAAUGUUCAUGUUGUUAUAGUCAAUGAUAAUUUUCGUUGCUUAUCAUUGACACACGCAUGAUGUUUCUUUGUUGCCUUUUUUUGGUUGAAAAAUUGAAGAUCAGAAUAGACAAUCAGAAGAUCAGAAUUGAAGAUCAGAACAGAUGACAAUAGACUCCACGACGCAUAGAGUGAGAGCUGGGCACUUGAGAUGGUGUGAUGUGUAGAGUUGGAGGUUGGUCAUUUGUGGAGUUUUUGAAAUUUUUCAGUAAAAAAAUUCUUGAAAAAGGAAAAGGGGGGGGGGGGGCAGCAUACGUCACAAAUGAGUGGGCGGGGUACAGGACAGAGCUCCAUCGCUGUUAAGGUAACUUGUAGGAUAGGCGGAAAUUGCUGGGAGGGCAUUAUCAAGGGGGGUGAGGUUAAGGUUAAUAGAUUCUCAAAUCUUUGAGAUAGAGGGCUUUGUUGCUUUCCAUAAUAUUAUCACUCGAGACUUUUCAUGAUAACUUUGGGGUUAACAACGGGAAAUUCUAAUUGACCGGACAUUAGGGACAGCGAUGUGUUAACAGAUAGCAUUCCUGGGCCACCUAUGGGGGUAGAAAAUGUUACAUAAGACAGGACUCUUCAUGGCAUAGGGACUAGAGAGAAAUGAGCUGAUAGGUAUAGUCGAGAGGGAACAGUUGAAAGAGGAAUAGUUGAAAGAGGUCAGGAGAGGAGUUGACUAGUGGAAUAUAGAAAUAGAAGAGACAAACAGUUAAACAGUUUAGAAAAAGUCAUAGCUAUAGAGAUACAUUCAGUCAUAGCUAUAGAGAUACAUUCAGUCAUAGCUAUAGAGAUACAUUCAGUCAUAGCUAUAGAGAUACAUUCAGUCAUAGCUAUAGAGAUACAUUCAGUCAUAGCUAUAGAUAUACAUUCAGUCAUAGCUAUAGAGAUACAUUCAGUCAUAGCUAUAGAUAUACAUUCAGUCAUAGCUAUAGAUAUACAUUCAGUCAUAGCUAUAGAGAUACAUUCAGUCAUAGCUAUAGAGAUACAUAUAUAGAUAAUGGAAAAUUAGUGGUACCAAGAGAAGAACUUUUUAUAUUAGUAAUAAACAUAUUGUUUUCAUCAUCUGGACAGCUGGAGUUUGAGUUGUUUAAGACUUUCAUUCAAGUCUACGAUGUGCUUGGUCUGUCCCAACGCCUAGAUACUCAAAAUAUUAAUCCCAGAGAGGAUAGCAUUGAUCCUGUUGGUUUUAAACCCAACAAUAGAUCGAUAGCAAUCCAUCUGUUUAAAUAUACGGCAAAUUUCAAAUUAAACCUGGAGUCGGGCGACACGUGAAUAAAUAAUAUCUAAACAGCAUGUAGCCAUGUAGCCAUGUAGCCAUGUUUAUGAACUUGGUGACUGUUAAUAUAACGAUGUGAACAUUGUGACACUUAACAUAAAGUUGUGAACAUAACAUUGUGAACAUUGUGACAGUUAACAUAACGUUGUGAACAUUGUGACAGUUAACAUAAAGUUGUGAAUAUUGUGACAGUUAACAUAAAGUUGUUAACAUUGUGACAAAUAACAUAAAGUUGUGAACAUUGUGACACUUAACAUAAAGUUGUGAAUAUUGUGACCGUUAACAUAAAGUUGUGAACAUUUUGACAGUUAACAUAAAGUUGUGAACGUUGUGACAGUCAACAUAAAUUUGUGAACAUUGUGACAGUUAACAUAAAGUUUUGAACAUUGUGAUAGUUAACAUAAAGUUGUCAACAUUGUGACAGUUAACAUAAAGUUGUGAACAUUGUGACAGUUAACAUAAAGUUGUGAACAUUGUGACAGUUAACAUAAAGUUGUGAACAUUGUGACAGUUAACAUAAAGUUGUGAACACUGUGACAGUUAACAUAAAGUUGUGAACAUUGUGACAGUUAACAUAAAGUUGCGAACAUUGUGACAGUUAACAUAAAAUUGUGAACAUUUUGACAGUUAACAUAAAGUUGUGAAUAUUGUGACAAUUAACAUAAAGUUGUGAACAUUGUGACAGUUAACACAAAGUUGUGAUCAUUGUGACAGUUAACAUAACGUUGUGAACAUUGUGACAGUUAACAUAAAGUUGUUAACAUUGUGACCGUUAAAAUAAAGUAGUGAACUUUGUGACAGUUAACAUAAAGUUGUUAACAUUGUGACAGUUAACCUAAAGUUGUCAACAUUGUGACAGUUAACAUAAAGGUAUGAACAUUUUGAUAGUUAACAUAAAGUUGUCAACAUUGUGACAGUUAACAUAAAGUUAUGAACAUUGUGACAGUUAACAUAAAGUUGUGAAUAUUGUGACAGUUAACAUAAAGUUGUGAACAUUGUGACAGUUAACAUAAAGUUGUGAACAUUGUGACAGUUAACAUAAAGUUGUCAACAUUGUCACAGUUAACAUAAAAUUGUCAACAUUGUGACUGUUAACAUAAAGUUGUCAACAUUGUGACUGUUAACAUAAAUUUGUCAACAUUGUGACAGUUAACAUAAAUUGUCAAAAUUAUGGAGUUUAAUAAAUUCUUUCUGGCGCAUUAAAUAAAUAAUAUUCCAGAAUUUCAUUACUAAAUCUAUUUUAACAGGUUAUACAGAAUACUAUCCAUUUUUUAAAAUUUACAUUCACAGACUUGCCACUUCCCCCAUCACAACAUCCCUGCCACGAUGUCAUAUCACAUCAAGUUCCUCGUAGCUCUAAUUGCAUUGCAAGCAACGACGUCAUCUUCCCAGCAAAGAACGGCGGAGAAAACCACACGACUGUCAAGAAUGCCCCUCUAUUACGGGAAGAGAUCCCGGCCAUUUCCAGAGUGGUCACACUACGGGACCAAUAAUCUUGAUAUGAUCUUGCUCCCUCCAUUGUCCUCGUCAAAGAUCUUCCCAAAGGUUAGGCGCGGGUUGUCAAUGGCGACUUACGAUGACUACUUACCGGAAAUGAAAGGAUGGUCCCAGGGCAUCAAUCAAUUAUCUCAUCCAAUUCCCGGGGACUUCAACUUUGAGACAGCUUUACUUUACAAUAGCAGGCACACGACUUCAGAUUCUGGACGAAAAAGUAGAUGGGAAAUACCUUUAAUACCUUUUCAUGUGAACAACAAGAAAGAUGAAUUUGAUUUUAACCGAAGGAGUUUUCCAAGGCCUCCAUACUUGGGUAAUAGUAAUGAUCCUCUUUUGAAGUCGGCUAUUGGGUAUGACCUCAGAGAUCGCCCUGAACCACAAGAGACGAAGGACUUGAAGAUGAUAUCAAAGUUAUUAGGUGACGAAGUAUUCGAACACCCGUUCUUUAUUUCACCCGACACCCACAAACUGACUGAAGGAGGGCCACCUGAGCAAGAGGGUGAGACACACAAACUGUCUG